CUGAACCGAUCAGAAGAGGAGGUGGAACCGGAGGAGGAAUUGGGGGUCUACCGCCCACUUAAUUUUUCACCAGAGCCGGUCGAUCGGCCACGGCGGGCCUCUCGUCAUGAAGAAGAGUAUGAAGAGGACAUACCGUGGGACUCUCGUCGUGAAGGAGAGUAUGAAGAGGAAGCACACUACCGCCCAUUCAAUUCGGCCCAGGAGGAGCGUCGGUCAGAGCGUCCCUCCCGUUCCUACCGCGAAGAAGAGCGUCGGCCACGGCGGUCAUUCCAACGUGAAGGAACGUUGGCCAGAACGCCCCUCUUACCCUCGCUACGAAAAAGAACACCGGCCACAACGGUCCUCCCGCAGCGCUGAAGAACAGGAGCUCCGUCACGAAGAAGCACACGAGGGCCGACGGCUAUCCCCUCGCCAGUUAGCACGCCAGGAAAAAAACCGUCGCGAACCAAGAGGAGAGAACGAAAAACACCGUUACAAUUAUGAACGGCAGGACAAGCCCCAUGAAUCCAAUUCACACCCACGAUCCUACGAUCCACGGAGCGCCUCGGGAAUACAAAACCCCUCAUUUCCGAAGAUCUACAGGCCUGGAACCCCGUUCUCGCACGCAGUGUCUACAACGAACACCCGCGCUGUCGUGGUGGUCGUCGGUGGGACGUGCACGAGAGAAAAGAAGACAGGUAUGCAGAUGGGUAUAGGGUGCUACUUCGGUCCCGAAAGUCCGCAUAACAUCCGACAGAGGUUGGGCAUGCUGUUUGAUAAACAGCGGAAAAACGAUCAGCGCGCGGAGGUUGGCUCGGCGCUGGCGGCGCUGAAGGUGCUGGCCACGGAGCUAGGCGAGGAUGUUACUGUCGGCGAGAUCAUUAUCGUCACUAAUAGCAUAUUCCUGCACCGCGCGAUGACGGAGUCGGUACAGGAGUGGAGGGCGGCUGGAUGGACUGAUUCGAAGGGGGAUACGGUUGCUAAUAACGAUUUGAUCGAUGAAUUGGAUGGGGUUAUGGUCGGACUAGAGAAGGAGGGUGUUGAGGUCAAGCUUUGGUUGGUGAAUAGACAAUUUACUAAUGUGGCGAAUGCGUUGGCGAGACAGGCGUGUAAGCUACCUCUACGGGAGAAGGAUAAGGUUACGGCGCUGAAGUUUGGGAAACGAGGAGGGGUGGCGGAGGUAGAGGUGAAGAAGGAGGCGAAGAAGGCGGAGGCGGCGAAGAAGGCGGAGGUGGCGAAGAAGGCGGAGGCGGCGGGGAAUAUUGGGUUUUGGGGUUGGGGCGGGGCGGCCGCAGUGGUCGUGAGCAUACCCGCGUUGAUGGUGCUGGAGUGGCCAUUUAUGUAACUGCCUAUGCAUUCUCCCGAGCGCCGACUCCCGGCUCCCGAGAGCUCUCUAGGGUGGAGUGCUAUUUUGAGUACGUGGUUGCUCUUCAAAGAACUUCAGACUUCAAAGCUCUGACUGUAUAUAAUUAGACGUCAUGAGCUGUGAAGCUGAGGAUUGCACUGCUCGAGGCGUCGUCAUGGCCUGUGACUCGAAUAAUUCAAGGGUCGAAUUUUUGUACAUACAUGGGCUGAAUGUUGUGUACGAGUACGAGUAUCAUUCUAAUAGA